GUGUGUAUUUAUAUUCCCAGCGCGUCCUUUGUGUGCUCGCGCUCCUGUCCGUCUCUUUUAAUUAACAGAAAAAAGAAAAAACCGGAGCACGGAUCUCUUUUCUUUUUCUCCUUCUUCCGUGAUUAUUAUUAUUAUUAUUAUUAUUAUUAUUAUUAUUUGAGAGGAUCAUUCGAACACAAAGCUGAACCGCAGAUGUGCGCGAGCGCGGUGCGGGUUUGCUCGGUGCGGGGAUGGUGAGAGGGGCUCGAGACCUGCUUAUCUUCUUCAUCUUCCUCCUCGCCGCCGCCGCCGCUGCUGCUGUGGAUUUGCCAGGGAUUUAUCUCACCCGGGACGCAGGGACAGGAGCAAAGCUAUAAGCCUGAGGUGCGAAGGAGAAGGAGAGGUGGAAAAAAACAAUUGACAGCUUCUGCUCCAGAAUGAGGCAGUGAUCCCCUCGUCUGCUCGUGAUGGUGAGGAUAUUUGGUGGCCCGGCCUGUGAGGGCCAGACCAACUGCUACAACAACUCCUCCAAAGAUUACUGCUACUCGGCCCGGAUCCGUAGCACCGUGCUCCAGGGCCUGCCCUUCGGAGGAGUUCCCACCGUACUCGCUCUUGACUUCAUGUGCUUCCUGGUACUCCUCUUCGUCUUCUCUAUCUUGCGGAAGCUGGCGUGGGAUUAUGGCAGACUGGCUCUGGUGACCGACGCUGACAGACAGAAGAAGAGGUUCAACGGCAUGGAGGAGCGGGAAUAUGUGGCUUCAGCGCUGCAUUCAGAAACCCCGGAUCGUUACGAGCGCCUCACGUCCGUCUCCAGCUCCGUGGACUUCGAACAGCGAGACAACGGUUUCUGCUCCUGGCUGACUGCCAUCUUUCGAAUAAAGGACGAGGAGAUCCGAGAGAAGUGUGGCGAGGAUGCCGUGCACUACCUCUCCUUCCAGCGGCACAUCAUCGGUCUGCUGGUGGUGGUGGGCGUGCUGUCGGUGGGCAUCGUCCUGCCUGUUAACUUCUCCGGAGACCUGCUGGAAAACAACGCCUACAGCUUCGGCCGCACCACCAUCGCAAACUUGAAUUCGGGGAACAACCUGCUGUGGCUUCACACGUCUUUCGCCUUCCUGUAUCUCCUUCUCACCGUCUACAGCAUGAGACGCCACACCUCGAAGAUGCACUACAAGGAGGACGACCUGGUGAAACGCACUUUAUUUAUCAAUGGCAUCUCGAAGUACGCCGAGGAGAUCCAGAUCAAACAGCACUUUGAGCAAGCCUAUGAGAACUGUGUGGUGCUGGAAGCGCGCAUCUGCUACAACGUGGCCAAACUCAUGGCCCUCAACGCCGAGAGGAAGAAGACUGAGCGUAGUAAGAAGUUCUUCACUGAUCUGCAGGCAAAGGAACACAUGCCCACCAUGAUCAACCCCAAACCCUGUGGCCACUUGUGCUGUUGUAUCAUUAAAGGCUGUGAAGAGGAGGAAGCAGUCAGCUACUACACCAAGCUGGAAGCCAAACUCAAAGAGGAGUACAGGAAGGAGAAGGAGAAGGUCAACACCAAACCCCUGGGCAUGGCUUUUGUCACCUUCCAAAAUGAGGCCAUGACUGCCAUAAUCCUGAAGGACUUUAAUGCGUGCCAGUGUCAGGGCUGCAUGUGUCAUCAGGAGCCACGGUCCUCUCAGUUCAGCGAGAGUCUUCACGUCUAUAACUGGAGCGUGACUUACGCUCCUGACCCCCAGAAUGUGCGCUGGGAACAUUUGUCUCUGGGAGGAGUUUCGUGGUGGAUCCGCUGCUUAAUCAUUAACUGCAUCCUAUUUCUACUGCUCUUCUUCCUCACAACCCCGGCCAUCAUCAUUUCCACCAUGGAUAAGUUUAACGUUACCAAGCCAGUGGAGUAUCUCAAUAAUCCCAUCAUCACCCAGUUUUUCCCCACUCUCCUGCUGUGGGCUUUCUCUGCUCUCCUGCCCACUAUCGUCUACUACUCGGCUUUUUUCGAGGCACACUGGACCCGAUCUGGAGAAAACCGGACCACCAUGCACAAGUGCUACACGUUUCUCAUCUUCAUGGUCCUUCUGCUGCCAUCUCUGGGCCUCAGCAGUCUGGAUGUGUUUUUCCGCUGGCUUUUCGACACGCAGUUCCUAGCUGUUGCUGCUGUCCGGUUUGAGUGCGUCUUCCUCCCUGAUAACGGAGCGUUUUUCGUGAACUACGUGAUAGCGUCUGCCUUCAUCGGAAACGCGAUGGAUCUUCUCCGCAUUCCGGGUCUUCUGAUGUACAUGAUCCGUCUGUGCCUGGCUCGAUCUGCUGCUGAGAGACGAAACGUCAAACGGCACCAAGCCUAUGAGUUUCAGUUCGGUGCAGCAUACGCCUGGAUGAUGUGCGUCUUCACCGUCGUCAUGACGUACAGCAUCACCUGCCCAAUCAUCGUGCCCUUUGGCCUGAUGUACAUGCUGUUAAAGCAUUUAGUGGACCGCUACAAUAUGUACUACGCUUACCUGCCCUCUAAACUCGACAAGAAGAUCCACUCCGGAGCCGUCAAUCAGGUGGUGGCCGCGCCCAUCCUCUGUCUCUUCUGGCUGCUGUUCUUCUCCACUGUGCGCACAGGUUUCGUGACUCCGACGUCCAUGUUCACGUUCGUGGUGCUCAUCAUCACCAUCGUGGUCUGUCUGUCGCACGUCUGCUUCGGCCACUUCAAGUAUCUCAGCGCUCACAACUACAAGAUUGACACUAAGGACAGCGAGGUGGACGGUAUUGAGAACGGACGUCCAGCACGCUCCUCGCCCUCCAACAAAUCUCCGCAGCAGAUGUACAUUGCGCAGGUCCUGCAGGAUCCAAACUGCGAUGAAACAGGCGGAGGGAGCGGAGAGGACGAUGGCCAGGGAUCCUCGCAGGACGAGGAGAUGAUCAACGGAGGCAACAGCCUGAACGAGGCCGACUUCCAAUCUGGGGAAGACAGCCUCAUCGCCAAUGAGGUCCGCCACUAACGCCAGCACUGAUGGAGAGAGAGAGAGAAAGAGAGAGAGAGAGAGAGAGAGAGAGAGAUGGAUGGAUGGCGUAUGUUGGGGACUGACGGUGGACCAGAGAUCCAUGCUUAAGCUUUCCACAUGUUUGUGCAAGCUGUGUCAUCUCCAUCAUGAGCAGAGCUAAGUGUGUAGGUUCCUGAGGAGUUUGUCGCUUUAUUGUUCACAGCUCCUUCUGCCAAAAACACUGCGAUCGAAUCAAACGGCAACAUCAAGCACAAACCGCACAUACUGAGCGUCCAUCACACACCACACGCAUUACACACAUUGUUCCUGAUGUCUGUUCUGGACUACAUGCGAGUAGACGCUCGGAAUUUGUGUUGCACCAAAACUGGUCGUAAAAAAAUCAGUAAAUUGUGUGUGAUCGAAAAAUGUGUUUCCUCUAUCAAGGAAAGUGUAUUUAUGAUUUUUUUUUGCUUUUUAUUUAUUGAAUUCAAACUCUCCCUGAGGAGAAAAAAAGCCUGCCAAUGCAGCUGAAUGGAAAUCCAGCCAAAAAAUAAAAAAAAUAGCUGUAGAUCUACUACAGUAACUUGUAAGUGGUCAACGUACACAAAGGAUUUCCAGACACAACUGCAACACUUGGAAAAUCCACCCUGGGGGAAAAAGACAAAAAAACAAAAAUAAUAGUCCACUCAUCAUCUCCAGAAGAGAGGUCCAGUCUGUGGAAUUUUUACUGCAGUCACCCGACUCUCUCUAGGACUCGAUCUCGCGCAACACUAAACUUCAUCAUCUCACUGCUAGUUUCUAGAAUUAGUUGCCCCCAAAGUGGGAUUGCUUGCUCCGUCUGUCUGUCUUUACCCAAGAGAACUGAUUUAAUAUCAUUCCAAAGCACAUGUGCAAUAGAGACGAGCCGGAGACAAGGUCAGCCUCCUCACCCGAAAACUUCUACGGUCAAUAAAAUCCGUCACAUCUUCGAUUGAUGUUUUAUUAGUGUAUAAAGUUCUAUCUGGGGGAAGAUGCCAACAAAGAGAGUAAAGCUUUUAUCUAAUGGCAUCUGAUUAAACAAACCGUUAAUAUUGAUAAGUAAAGAAAUGUUGCUCUUAUAGGAAAUGAUUCGACACCAGGAUGGUUCCCGUUAACCAUCUCACAGUUGAUUAUUUUCCUCGAAAAGCAUGUCGCCUUGUCAGUUUCUCUGACAAAACUGUUCGCUUCUUGUGGGAGAGCUGAUUAGUGGGUUGGAAUUGGAAAAUUGGUUGUUUGGAAUUGGAAAAUCGGUGGGUUUGAAUUGGAAAAUUGGCAGGUUGGAAAUGGAAAAUUGGUGGGUUGGAAUUAAUGGACAUUUUUGGUUGAAUUGGUGGGUUGGAAUUGGAAAAUUGGUAGGUUUGAAUUGGAAACAAUUUUUGGUUGGAAUUGGAAAAUUGGUGGGUUGGGAAUUGGAAAAUUGGUGGUAGAAAUUGGGAGAAAUAGGAAAAUUGGGAGAAUAUAGUCACACUCUGAUGACAUCAUGCUAGCUGGGAUGCUGGUUGUUCUUCAGCCCCAGUCACACUGACGAGUUCUGUAUUAAACACUUCGCACCUAAACGUCUUUAACGGCGUUUUGCUUUCUAACGUUCAACUCUAAUUCUAACCUGCCGUUAAGCUGCGCAAUUAACCUUCUAAUGUUUCAGUACAUUUUACUAAAAUGUGCUUUCACCUUAAACACACGGAGUCUACGUAAAGGAAAGGAGAGUGAUCGCUUCAGUGAACAGAAGAUGAAUAUGGAUUGUCCACUGCUGCCUGUUGUGCUGCGUUCAUCCUGGACGAUGAUGAUUCGCUUAGAAAAGUUUACCUGCAAGUUUGGAGUUUUCUUAUUUUUUCCUUAUUCUAAGAUCACAUGGAAAAAAACAAAAUGACACAAGAGAACUCGUUUUUUCAUACUUUUAAUAUUUCACCUCAAUCCCAGAUAGAACUUUAUGAUGCUGAGCUCAUACUGUUGUAAUUUUUGUUUAUUUUUGUUAAAGUUUGGCAUGUUUGUGAUCUUGCAUCUUCAGAGUUGGAGCCAAAAUAUCUGAGUAGAGGAAUCCACUGAGGGCAUCUGGAGGUGUUAAUUUAUUUUUUUUUCUUAAAUUUUAAUGUUGAUUUCACCUUAACUACCUUAAUAGAUGUGUUUGUAUAGUCUUUAAAAGGAAAAAAAAAAGAAAAAAAAAAACACACACACACUCAAUCACGUUGAGCUGUUCGGAUUUUGGUACAGAGUUCGAAGAUCUGCAGGUCCAAAAUGAACCGGAAAAUUUCACGCGCUGUUCAUUUUUGGUUUUGUUUUAUUUAUUGUUUAUUUCCAUCAGAACUAGAGUUCUCUCUUGAUAUUAUCGCAUGGAUUAAAUCUGAAAUGGUUGUAAAGUGUGAAUCAAGUCAAUCUCAACAGCUUCAGUUAAAUCUAAUUGACUAUAUGGAAGAACUGGAAAAUCGUGAACAAACUGGAUUUCACAGAAAUUUCCACUAGUGGUCAUCUCCCAAUUCCUUGUUAAAUUUAUUUUAGAUGAAAUGGAGAAGAAGAAAAGGAAAACAUCCAAAAUUUGUGAAUGUAAAGUUCAAAAACAAACAAAAACUCUCGUCUUUCUCACCAGUAGAUACCCACCUAGGCUUCGAGAUCCAGCGGUCAUCUUGUACAUCAAAGAUGGAAAAACUCCAGUUUGGUAAUGCAAUGCCAAAAACAAUAUUUGGCCAAGUGCAUUAUGGGAGUUUGAAUUCCUAAACCUUUUAAAACUUUUGAACUCAAAAAAAGCUGUCCCAAACCUAAAUAAAUAAAUAAAACUUGUAGUGCUAUGUCAUUAUUUUGGCUUUUUAUAUUUAAAAAUAUAUAAUAAUAUUUUGUUAAUUAAAUUCAGUAUUUGUUGUUGCUAUUUUAGCUUAAUAUCUCAUUAUUUGCGGGUAAUUAUCUCAUAAUUAUGAUAUUAUUUAGCUUUUGUUAAAUUCCCCUGAAUUUUCAAACACAUAGUGAUCAAUGUCUGGCUAAUUCACUAUCCAAGGAACAAAAUACGGAAUAAAAACUAAGUUAAUAUAUUGAGUUAAAAAAAUAAAAAAAUUAAGCUAAUCUGGUAAUGUGAAAAUAAUGAGAUUAAUUCAAAAUAAUGAGUUACUCUUCGAAAAGUAUUAUAAUAUUUGACUGUUAGUUAUUUGUUUAAAAUAAUAAUAAAUAUUAGAUAAUUACUAUUACUAAUUACUAUAAAAGAAUUAUUAAACAUUAAAUAAAAUGAUAAAUAAUUAAAUAAUAAAAAUUAAAAUAAUCUUUUGAAGACCUCAGACAAUAGAUUCAAUUCUAUUUACUGUCAAAAUAAAAAAUAAAAUAAUGCUGAAGUAACAUAAUUGAUUUACUAUGAAAUAAGAUAUUAAAUCAAAACCAGUUGAAAUAAUGAGCUGUUAUUAAUGUGCGAUAUCAAGUUAAAACACAGUGGAAGCAGGUUGUUGCAGGAAUGAAUGAAAAGUGAAAAUUAUAAGAAAUUAAAAUAAUGAAAUUGAAUUGGACGGGUUAAUUCGGAAUAAGAAAAUUAACAACAUAAAAAAAUAACGUUAUAAUUUUUUAUUAUAAUAACAAUAAUAAAAACUAGAUGUUUAUGACAAGAGGGGCAAAAAAGACUUACUGUGAUUAUUUUUUAACUUUAAAAUACCAACAUUUAAAUUGGCAUGAACUUCAAAUUGGUAAGUCAAAAUAACAACAUGGCACUUCAAAAUAUUUUUAUUUAUUUAUUUUUCACUACUUCGAUACGAACUUCCGCUUAUUUUCCACCGAUUUCUUUUCCCUUCGUUAUAUUACGAUUCUCACAUUUCCGAGCCGCAAUCUUUUCAGAUUCUACUUUAUUUGAGGAACUCUCGAUACCGCAAGCAGGACUAGAUACAGCAAAUAAUAGCAAACGGUUCGAUCUCGGCGCAGUGACUCGAGGAACUUUUUGAACAGUCUCAGGUGUUCUUUAUUUACUACACAAUGUUUACAUCUGUCUUUUGGGUUGUUGUUUUGUUUCGUGUGUGUGUUAAGCUGCUUAAUAUUUAGCGCGUUCCCGUCGUUUCCACGCUUUUUCACUGGUAGACACAAAGGUAACCUAUGAAAGCUGUAGCUACGCACAUCACCCGAGCCUUAGCCGUACGGAUGUAAAUGAUUUGUCGCCUGUAGAUGUUGUGCAGCUUCAUUAUAAUGUUUUUAUACAUUAACCCCCCCCCUGCUUCUCCUCACGCCGUCUGGAUGCUGUAGCUACGUGCUGGAGAUACUGAAGCAAAAUUUGUGUCUGUCUUUGAACGCGUCCGGGAAACGAUGCAGCGUGUUUUGUACAGGACUGUUCUUUGUAAUGCACUUAAAGCUGAAACUCGUGUGAAGGUCUGAUGGAGUUUCGCCUCCGGUUCGAACUCGAGGGUAAUGACGUCAUAAUGGAGGGGGGGGGGGGGUUCUAAAGGAAAUUUAAAAAAAAAAAAAAAAAAAAUGAGGAGAAAGGGAAAAAAAAUAAAUAAAAAAGGCCUGAGGGUAUUUUUGUAAACACUUGAAGAAAAUCUUACGCCGUUUGAAGUAUUUGAUACCAGGUUGUGUAUUAAAGGGGAUGUCGGUAACUAGCUGUGCUUUUGCUUUUUAAUGUCACCAUUUUUUUGUUUUAUUUUAUUUAUAUAAAUUAUAAAUACAACUAAUUGUUUAAGUUGCAAAGUAAAUAAUGUCUUUAUUAUUAUUAAUAAUAAUAAUUUGGACAGGAAAAAAUAGUCAUCUUUAGUUAAUGGAUAUGAAUGAAGGUGUGUGUGUGUGUGUACACUUCGGUUAUGGCACUGUCCUCCUGAUAGUGUUCCAAAGCACAUUAUGUACAGUUUGUACACGUCUUGAUUAAAUGGCAAGAUCUCUACUAAUAGGUUCUGUAUAAAGGGGGGAACGUUUGCUUCAUCGUUUGUUGCUAGUUUCUACCAUUUGAUGUAUUAAUCCACGUGAGCCAGCCGCUAGUUUCAUUUGGAGCUGUAGGAUUUGUUUGAAUGGGUGAUAUUUAUUUUUUACACUUUCUGGUCUGAUUGUCGUCUCGCUGGUGAAGCAUUUGUCACAUAUUUAGUUCGUUGAUCAAUAAAACUUGCUAUUCAUUGUGAGUGUAGCUUCCCUGCUGUCCUGUGUGUGUGUGUGUGUGUGUGUGUGUGUGUGUUUUUUCCCCAUUUAAUCAGCAGGGGGCAGUGUAGUACAGUUUACUGAGUUCGUUCCUUUGAAGAUGAUGGUCAGAAUCUGGUACAAACAGAGGUGAAUGUGGGAGCUGGUGGGAUUAGUCAGAAUCUCUUUAGUUAGAACGAGUUGAAAACAGAACGUCUGGUCAUGGGAACGUGUGGUCUCGGGAGAGGAGACUGCGGUAAUUGUUGCAUUUAACCGACAUCAGCGAGCCUCAAGGCGCGAGAAUGUCACAGAUUUUCUUUUGUGUUCUCAAAAAAAAAAAAGUCGGAUUUGUCUUAUAUACAGCAUACCCUAUAUUGCCAAAAGUUUUGGGACACCCCAUCAAAUCAUUGAAUUCAGGUGAUCACUUCCAUGGCCACAGGUGGAUAAAAUCAAGCAACUAUCUUUGCAGACUGCUUCUACAUGCAUUUGUGAAAGAAUGGGUCGCUCUCAGGAGCUCGGUGAAUUCAAGUGUGGUGCCAUGAUAGGUUGCCAGGUGUGCAAUAAGUCCAUUCGUGAUAUCUCCUCACUAGUAAAUAUUCCACAGUUAAUGGUAUUAUAACAAAGUGGAAGUAAUUGGGAACAACAGCGACUCAGAAACUAAGUGGUAGGCCAUGUAAAAUCACAGAGUGGGGUCAGAGCAUGCUGAGGUGCACAGUACACAGAAGUCACCAACUUUCUGCAGAGCCGAUAGCUACAGACCUCCAAAUUUCAUGUGGCCUUCAGGAUAGCUCAAGAACAGUGUGUAGAGAGCUUCAUGGAAUGGGUGUUCAUGUGCAUGUAAAGGCAGAUGUCCCAAAACUUUUGGCAAUAUAGUGUAUUUUUGCUCCACAUGUUGCUUUUUCACUGUUUAUAGUUACGUUUAAUGUUGAACAUCUGGAGGACAAAUUCUCAUUUACAUUAUAGCAGGUCAAAACAAUCAUUCCUUCACCUCCUUCUCUCUCUCUCUCUAUAAAUGUGAAACAUCUGCAUACAGAAAACUGCAUAUCCUGCAAAUUUCCCUAUAAUGCUACACCAUAUGGUGUUUAUUUCUUAAUUCAAUUUAGUCACAAAGCAACUUAACAGGACUAUAAAAGUUUUAAAUGUACAUUUGUUUAACCCUAAUGAGUAAGCCGGAGGGUGACGGUGGUGAGGGGGAAAAACUCCCUGAGACGAAAUGAGUAAGAAACCAUCGAGAUGAUCCUCAUCUGGGUUACAUUAAAUCAUUUCCCUUCUGUAAUUGUGUACUAUAUGGUCAAGUUCAUUUGUGUAACCAGGAGGUUUUGAGCAGUCAGUGUAAUUCUAUGCAAUUUGAUCAUUUCUGGUAACUGAUUUUUCCUGCUAAAGAACAGACGGAACUUCUCAAACCGUUCUCAGACCCAUUAACAUCUUUAAUUGAACUGAACCAUUACGCUGCUUCCCAACAGUGAUGAUACUGAUCGCUGGACUGCAUUUUUUUCCUCAGUCAAAUGUGCAUAUUUUUCUGGUCUGGAAAGUUUCGUUUGGUGGCCUGAUGCUAUAUUUAU